GGCUAUAUUUGGAGAGAGCUGAUGUCACAAGUGGUUUGAGCGAUGAGCCUAUAACUGUUGCCGUCGGUUUGUGUGACAGUCUGACAAACCCUGGACUGUGACUGGGAUCUGCUGGCAACUGGCUAACACAACAGAAAGUAAUCACCUUACACUAUGUAUCACCUGAGGGUGCCUGUGCUUCUUCUCAUGCUGCUUGCAUUGCUGCGCUGCGUCACCGCUGCCCCAAGCCACAAGUACUUCAGUCCCAGCUCAUCCAGCGAGCAGGAAAGUGCUCUCCCAGACAGUGGCGGCUGGUUAGCUCCCGUACUGAUCUCCAACCCAUUCCUCGGCCUCAUGGGUACACAGCCGCAGAGGGAGCUCACAGCCAUGAACAGUCACCACAUAGAGAAAAGGAAGUGCAACACAGCCACCUGCGUCACCCAAAGGCUAGCAGACUUCCUGGUCCGCUCCAGUAACACUAUUGGUACCGUCUACGCACCGACCAACGUGGGAUCUUCCACCUACGGCAAGAGGGACCUACUGCAGCCUCCCAGCUACCUGCCUCUCUAGUAUCGACGGCUUAAGCUCCACCAGCGCUCCCAGUGCUCUGAUAUAACCAGACAUCUUAUGUAACAAUGAUUGUGAGAAUGACGUUAAUAAUGAUGACAGUGAUGGUAACGAUGAUGAACAGUUUUCUUGUUGAUUUUCUAAACUUUAAGAAACAGUGCCUUUAAUUUAAACCAUCAAAGUCAUUAUGUGGGUUUUUUUCUCCAGGUUUUGUGUGUGUUGUGGCUCUGUUAAUGCUGUUCCACAAUGGCAUGAUGUGAAUAUAAAAACACGUAAAGUAAGUAAUAAAACAAUAAAUAAAAGAAAACAGAUGUAAAGCCAUACGAAAUAAAUGUUAUAUCUGUUGGUUUUGAUAAUAAAAUUGUGGAAAUAUA